UUUCGACAAACCAUUCGCAUUCGUCGUUUCGUCGUAAGCAAAACGUGCGGAAUAUAUCGUCGAAACGUGUAGAAGAUAUUAGUGAACAGUAUUUGCUCGUUCUAUGUAUAAUAGUAAGUUUAGAGGUCGCCAUGUUCCAUGCGCACGGCGCCAUCUGCCAUUCGUCGCGAAUUAUCGUCAAGAAUUCAUUCAAGUUGCGCGCGUUCUCUCCAUUUGACAAGUGUUUCGUGUUGUGUAGCCCGGUGAAUUCUAGCGUAGAACGAUCCAAAAGAAAAUGGGUGUUACUUUUGCAGCAAUAUCCGAUGACAGAAAACAAAACCGGACCGCAAACGAUCGAAUUCCUGACAAAACGAGUCGUCGCUCUUGGUGCAGUGCAAACCGGCCAAUUUUUAGUGGACUGUGAGACGUACGUUUCGGUGCCGCAAUUGGGUGCUCAACGAACUCUCCACGUCCUCCACAACUCGGAGCAGCCAGCGUCAGCCUUCGCGAUUCUAGAAUCGGGGAACAAAGUGGUGCCACUGAUAGCGGAUGGUCUGUUCGAUCUCUUAAUGUACAAGAUGUCGAGCGUCUACACGAACAAAAUGCAAAAGAUGGAAUCGAAGGGACCGCGAUUCGAGAUCGGCGAUUUCUGCGUGAAACUCGGCAGCGUGACGAUUAAUCAGAACUUCAAAGGCGUUCUGGUCGAGGUGGAAUAUAGACCCUGCGUGGUUCCCGGAAGUGCAUGGGAAUUGAUGCGUGAAUUUUUACAAGGAUUCCUCGGAUCUACCGUGUCCAAUCAAGCACCGCAGUAUUUGCAGAACCGAAUGAACGAUAUUUAUCAACCAUUGGAUACGAUACAACAGUAUCUGGAACAUUUCGGUCAGUAUAGGAAAGCCACUGGUGUAAUUUAAGGAAAUUUUAAAUUUAUAAUAAUCCGUAUCAAGAACUCGUCGAUAAUCUUAAUGGUCGUAUCAUUUGGUAAUUUUAUGCUACCAAAUCAUACUGGUAAUCUACUUCUGUAACAAUAAAUUUCACUUAACAAAAUA